AAGGUGUGAUGGCAAGUGAAUUUUGGAAUCUUGAAAGAUGGCAUGCCCAAGCUUCUUCUGACUCACAAUACUCUUUAAAUUUGCCUCAAACUCACACAAACACACUACCCACACUCACACAUGCUUAAUCAUCACUUCAAAAUCUCUUGAAAAUGAAGAGAUUAGAACAGCAGCAGCAGGAAGAACAGCAACACUUGUUCCAUUCUGCCAAGUUCCACACCUCCCAACCCCAUCUCCAAACCCUCAUCAUCUACUUCCUCUUCUUCGGUUCCGGUUUAAUGAUUGGAAUCACACUCAGUUUCUACCUCACUGACACCCCUCCUGCCUUGCAACUCAGGCAAUUCAUCUCCACCGUCCUGCCACCUCCUCCGCCCCCCGCCGUCGUUGAGCCACUGCCUUCCCCACCCUCACCUCCACCUCCUACACCCAUCCAACAGCCACCACCACCACCACCACCUCCUACUCCCGUCCUAGCGCCACCGCCACCGCUGCAAUGGGUUCCGGCUGCCGGGACGAAUUUGAUGCAUGAGAUGGGGGAUAAGGAGUUGCUGUGGAGAGCGUCUAUGAAGCCUAAGAUUGGGGAGUACCCGUUCAAGAGGACACCUAAAGUCGCAUUUAUGUUUCUAGCGAGAAGGGAGCUGCCGUUGGCGCCGCUGUGGGAGAUGUUCUUCAGAGGGCAUGAAGGGUUAUAUUCCAUUUACGUGCAUUCUCUGCCGUCGUACAAUGGGUCUGAGCCGGAAGGAUCGGUUUUUCAUGGCCGGAGGGUUCCAAGCAAGGAGGUGAAAUGGGGAGAAUUUAGCAUGGUUGAAGCGGAACGCAGGCUGCUAGCUAAUGCAUUGCUCGAUUACUCAAAUGAAAGAUUUGUUCUCUUAUCGGAAGCUUGCAUUCCACUCUUCAACUUCACUACCAUUUAUGAUUACCUAAUCAAGUCCACCACAACCUUCGUGGAGUCGUACGACUUGGCUGGCCCAGUGGGGCGUGGCCGAUAUGACAAGCAUAUGAGGCCACACAUCAAGCUGAAAGAGUGGCGGAAGGGGGCGCAGUGGUUUGAGAUAGAUCGGGAGCUGGCGUUGGAGGUCAUUUCAGAUCGGCUGUAUUCCUUUUUAUUCAAGAAAUACUGCAAGCCUGCGUGCUAUUCAGAUGAGCAUUAUUUGCCCACAUUUGUAACCAAGAAAUUUCCUUGGAAGAAUUCAAACAGAACUUUGACUUGGGUCGACUGGUCCAAGGGCGGGCCGCACCCUUUGAGAUUCGUCCGAUCUGAUGUCUCGUCUGCCCUGCGGAACCAGUUGAGGAGCAGUAGCGAGUGCGUGUACAAUGGGAGGCCUACAGAUAUUUGCUACUUGUUUGCUAGGAAAUUUACGGUCGGUACUUUGGAUCGUUUGUUAAGAUUUGCGCCCAAGGUUAUGCAGUUUUAAUAUAUAUACCUUAAUGUACAUGCAUGCUUGUACUACAUUUUUUUUUUCAUAUUCUUUUGUUAUGUAGUGAUCUAUUCAACUAUAGAGAAAGAAUUUGAUUGUUGUAGUUAGAUAUUAGAUAGUAUCAUUUGGGAAGUGUUGGAAAUGAAAUGUGCUAACUUUUAUUGC